AUGCCGGUGCAAAACAUCGCGGAAUUCAAGAUCGAUGGUUGGGUGAGAGAAUACGGCCCUGUGGCCAAGAUUCAACUACAAGCACUCUCUCUCAGGGACCUGCAGCAACUUCAUCCAGCCCGGAAAGACCCGAUUGACCCGGAACUCAAGCUCACAUAUGGCCAAGUCAAAGGCAGUGCGGAGCUCCGCAAGCGCAUCGCAAGUCUCCAUUCUUCCAGCGAUGUCAACUUGACAGAGGAUCACGUCGUGAUUACUCCAGGUUCUAUCAUGGCGAACUAUCUUGUUCUAGCUUCAAUCUGCGGGCCCGGAGACCACGUUAUAUGCCAAUUUCCUACAUACGGGCAGCUUUACCUCCUGCCAAAGCAUCAUGGUGUCGAUGUGGAUCUCUGGACGAUGAAACCCGAAAAUGACUGGGCCCCAGAUAUUGAAGGGCUUCGGAACAUGAUCAAGCCUAACACCAAGGCGAUCAUCAUCAACAACCCCAACAACCCAACGGGUUACACCCUUUCAAAGGCCGCCCUGGGGCAGCUCGUCGCUGUGGCCCGAAGCUCAAACAUCACUAUCUUCUCAGACGAGGUCUUCGCUCCUCUUUUUCACGCCCCCACCGUCCCUCCACCUCCGAUGGUUUCUCUUCCUUACGCCAGCACCGUGUCGACGGGUUCUUUAUCGAAAGUGCACGGCUUACCAGGAAUCAGAAUCGGCUGGGUCGUGUCGCAAGACCUGGACCUGAUACAGCGGGUUAUCAACCUACGCGACUACACGACACUGUCUGUUUCUCAGAUCGAUGAUGGCGUUGCGUGCCAUGCGCUGGAUCCUGAAGUCCUCCCGCAGUUGCUGUCUAACAACUUGACGAAUUAUGCGAAGAGCAUUGCAAUAGUAGAGGAGUUUGUAGGGAGACAUCGAGACCGGUGCCGGUGGGUCAAGCCACAGGGUGCUGGAACGGCGUUUGUGCAGAUCGUGGAAGGGAAUGACGGCCGGGCUGUAGACGAUGUUCAUUUGGCCCAUGGGUUAGCUGUAGAGAAGAGCGUGUGUGUUGUUCCUGGAGGUCUCUGCUUUAGCGAGGACGGUGCUGGGGAUUUCAAGGGUUAUUUACGGUUCAGACUGGGCGAUCCUGGUGUCCUGAGGGACGGACUACAAGCUCUUGAAGAGCUGCUGUGA